AUGCACAAAUGUUCUCGAUGUGGAGCUCAAGUAAAAACCAUUCGAUACGAUGCAAAUCCGAAACAUUGUUUAUUCAUGUGUGUGAAUGAAAAUUGUACCUUUCCUUUUGAUUUGGAUAAUUUUGAGGAUUAUCUAUGUGAGGAUGAUAUUUCUCAUCAACAGGAAAAAUCAUCUGUUGAAUGUGUUGAUGAUGAUGGUGGUGUUCCGAACGACGUCAUCGUCCAUAAGGAUGACAAUGAUUAUUACAUGGAUGAUUCAUCAUCAUCAACAAUGAAUAAGAGAGAAAUUAUAGAGUUAUCUCCCUUUCAAAAUCAAUCCUCUCAACAGCACUCUGAUAAUAUUGUUGAUUUAUUCAAAGAAUACUUUUAA